AUGACGGAUACCAACACAACUGCCUUCUCCAACCCCUCCACCUUCAUCCUGCUGGGCAUCCCUGGCCUGGAGGCGGCCCAUGUCUGGAUCUCCAUCCCCUUCUGCACCAUGUAUGUAAUAGUGAUCUUGGGAAACUUUGCCAUCCUGUUCAUUGUGAAGAAGGAAUCGAGCCUCCAUGAACCCAUGUACUAUUUCCUCUGCAUGCUGGCUGUCACCGACCUGGUGCUGUCCACGUCCACCCUGCCCAAAAUUCUAGCAAUCUUCUGGUUCAAAUACAGGGAGAUUGAUUUCAGUUCCUGCCUGGCCCAGAUGUACAUUGUUCACUGCUUCUCUGCGAUCGAGUCUGGAAUCUUCGUGGCCAUGGCGUUGGAUCGCUACGUGGCCAUCUGCCACCCCCUGAGACAUUCCACCAUCCUGACAAACUCUCUGGUGAUGAAGAUUGGCCUGGUCAUUGUGUUGCGUGGCAGCAUUCUCGCACUGCCCUAUCCCAUCCUGGCGAAGCAAUGGCCGUAUUGCAGAACCAACAUUGUCCUCCACACCCACUGUGAGAACAUGUAUGUGGUGAAGCUGGCCUGUGGUGACACCCGCAUCAGUAGUUACUACGGCCUCUUUGUGCUAUCCUGUAGGAUUGGUCUGGAUGUGUUUUUUAUCACCCUGUCCUAUAUCCAGAUCCUCAGGGCCAUCUUCAGCCUUCCCACAAAGGACGCCCGGAUCAAGACUUUUGGGACUUGUGGCUCCCACAUCUGUGUCAUCUUAGCCUUUUAUAUCCCGACUCUGUUUGCCUCCCUGACAUCCCGUUUUGGCCACAAUUUGCCUCUUUAUUUCCAAGUGUUCAUUGCCAACGUGUACCUCCUGGUGCCCCCCAUGCUGAAUCCCAUCAUCUACGGGGUGAGGACCAAACAGAUCCGGGACAGGCUGCUUCAGUUCUUUGCUCAUAAAGGGACUAAAGUUUUCUCCUCAAGUGUUGGCUCUCAGGCACUGCACCGUGGGGUGCUGCCUGGUGACAUGGUGCUCUUCCCUGAAUCUUUGACUGACCAAUCAAAGAAAGUUUAA